AUGGGAAUGUGCAUUUCAAAUAGAAAAAUGUAAGAUCAUAAAAAUACUAUGCCCAAUUCAGAAUUACAUAUAAGUUAUAAAUCUUCAGUUUAAUAAUUAAAAUCUAUAUAUCUUGAUGCUGAUUAAGUUUUGAUAGAUGAAAUAUCUAAUGAUGUCAAUUAAAUAGCAUAUGAAAAAUAAAAACGGAGUUUCGUUUAAAGAGAAGUUCCAAUAUAAUUACUCUCUGAAAAAAAACAUAAUACUAAUUAGAUAAUUUUUGAACCCUUAUUUUAUACUCAUCGAAAAGUUCCCAUUCUUUCAUCUAAUGAGAACACAAUUAUUCAAAAAAGAAAAAGCAUAUAAAAAUGA